AUGGAGAACCAACAAAACAAUGUCGCAGCCUACCCAAGUCAUGUCUCCGUCCCCCAUCAUGUCGUAACCACCCCCAGUCACGUCUCCUCCGUCCACAACAAUGUCGUUACCACCCCGAGUCACGUCUCCAUCCCCAACAAUGUCGUAACCACCCCGAGUCACGUCUUCGUCCCCAACAGUGUUGUUACCACCCCGAGUCACGUCUCCGUCUCCGUCCCCGCCCCUGUCCCCGUCGUCAAUGAUGUUUAUGUACCUUGGGAAAGCAAUGUCAAUUUGUCAAUGUUAAGCAAUGAGGAAUACUUCAGCGGCGUUCCUCCCGGUUAUCGUUUUAAGCCUCUUGAUUGGGAACUUAUCGUUCACUACUUGAUGAAAAAGAUCAACAACGAGACGCUGCCUCGUAACAAAAUUUACGUCGUUGAUCUAUAUAAAUGCAACCCUGAACGACUUGCAAAUGAUCACAGGACAAGUAGUCAAGAAAAUGAAUGGUUCUUCUUUACACCAAGGAACAGAAAGUACAAAAAAGGGAUGCGGCCAGAUCGAGCAGCUGAUGGAGGCUAUUGGAAGGCCACUGGAGCUGACAAAAUUAUCAAACACAACGGUGAAGAAAUUGGAUUGCGAAAGGCUUUGGUUUUCUACACGGGAAAACCUCCUACUGGUGAAAAAACUUCAUGGAUCAUGCAUGAAUUUCGACUCAAAAAUGCCCCAGUUCGAUCACCGACCAGUGAUGACGACAUGAAGUUGGAUGAUUGGAUUUUAUGUAAGAUCUACAAGAAGGAGCGCAAAACGAACAAAAAUAGGAAUCAACAAAGGGAUGGUAACAACCCUGAGGAAGCUGGGAACAAUGAAAAUAAAGAUACAUCAGGCAAAGACUCCUCGAUGGAAGUAGAAAAUUCAUUGGGUUUGAAUGAGAUGGAAAGCAAUGUAAAUUUCUCCGAAGGCUGCAAUGGGAACAACUACACGAGACAAUUCGACAACGUUGCUACCCAUGGUUUUCCUUGUCAGAAUCUCGGUGCUGAAGCAGCUCAAAUGUGGCUACAAAAUCUUCCUUCAAUGGGAAGUUACAUCUCCACCAGUGAGAAUGCUGGUACAUACGGUCAUGCACCAGUUCCAAUUGCCAGGGUUCCACCAAUGGCGCCCUUGGGGAUACUACCACGUCCUCCUUUAUUGGGAAGUGGCGUAGCAAUCAAUGAGAAUGCAAGCACAUCCUGGCAUUCUGUAUCUGGAACCACCAUGGUGCCACCAGUGUCCUCAUGGCUACCAAAUCUUCCAUUUAUUGAAAAUUAUGGUUCUAGCUGCAGUGAGAAUGAAGUAUCUCUGACUGACAUGAUGCUGCAAAUGCCCUGUACGACACAAGAUCUUCCAUUCAUGGGAAAUUAUGUCACAACCAGUGACAAUGUAGGUACAUUCAUUUAUGCUGCUCCAGAUCCCGCGGAACCACCAAUAUUGGCCGGAUCGCCAAAUAAUUCAUUCACAUCAAAUUUCGUCGGAAUCCCAGAUGAUUUGAAAAUUAUGACAACGGGACUAGAUGAGGAGCUCCCUGAAAUUCCGCCCAUGGAAGUUGAUGAUGUAUGGGAAUAUUGGGUCGCAGAAGGAAAAAAUAAUUUCUAG